AAAAAUUCUCGUUUUAGAAAAAAAGAAUGUUGGAAUCCCUUGUGGCUAACAUCCUAAACAGGUUUCUAAAGAACUAUGUUUCUAAUUUGAAUUAUGACCAGCUCAAGAUUGGAAUGUGGAAAGGCGAGGUGAACCUUCGAAAUCUUAAGCUUCGUCGGGAUGCUCUCGAUAAACUCGACCUGCCUAUUAACGUAUCCGAAGGCUAUCUUGGCGAACUCACACUCGUCAUUCCUUGGUCUAACCUGGGAAACGAGCCUGUAAAAGUGAUCAUCGAUCAUGUUUAUUUGCUCGCAGAACCCAAAAAUGAAGCAACUGUCACUGUUGAGGAAGAGGAAGAGCGAGCUCAAGAAUUAAAACGCCGACGUCUCUCUACGGCAGAGAUGCUGGAAUCGUCUGAUGUACAAGCAGAGCAAAAGAAUAACAAGGGAGGAGAUGGGUUUAUAAGUCAGUUAACAACAAAGAUUGUGGAUAAUCUUCAAUUUACAAUGAAGAAUAUUCAUAUUCGAUAUGAAGAUAAUAUCUCGGAUCCUGGCCAUCCAUUUUCUGCUGGUAUUACUCUUAAAGAGCUCAGUGCCUUAUCCACUGAUUCUGAUUGGAAACCAAAGUUCAUCACAGAAACGACAAAGACAAUCAAUAAGCUUGCAACACUUGAGUCAUUAUCAGUAUACUGGAAUACAGAUAGUCGAUCCCUUGCAGGAAUGCACCAUGAAGAGGCUGCACAAGUGUAUACCGACUUGAUUCCUACCUCAUCUAAUUUUCCCAAAGAGCACCAGUACAUUUUAAAACCUGUAUCUGGAAGGGGAAAGAUCAAACUCAAUAAGGAGUAUGGCAAAGACGUACCAAAAACAGAUAUAACUAUGUUAUUCGAUGAGCUUGCAUUCGGUCUCGAUGAUCAUCAAUAUCGUGAUGCUAUUUUGAUGAUUGACUUAUUCCAUGCCAAUCUUAAAAAGCAAAAGUAUUUGAAGUUUCACCCAGGUAAAGGAAAGACGGCCAAGACGCAUCCUAAAGAGUAUCUACAAUUUGCUGGGAAAGCCAUUUUGUCCGAAAUUCAUGACAAGAACUAUAAAUGGACCUGGGAUCAUUUCAAAACCCGUCGUGAUCAACGAUUGAAGUAUAUUGAAUGUCACGUCGCCGAAAAAAUGAAGGUCGCUACACCUGAACAAUUGGAAACAUUGAAAAAAUUAGAGCAUGAUUUGUCGUUCGAAGACAUUCGAUUCUACAGAAGUAUUGCUAAGGCAAACCUUCGUAGAGAGAAAGUUAAAACAGAUAAAAAGAUCGAGAAGAAAAAAGCAGAGGAUGCCAAAGUCGGUUGGUGGGGAUGGAUCAGUGGCUCUAAACCCGCCAAUAGUGGUGAAGAGGAUGCUGACGAUGAUGAUGCGGGCUCCAUUCAUAUGACGGAGGAGCAAAAGAAUGAAUUGUAUAAUGCUAUCGAGUUUGAUGAGGAUAAAGCAAAUAUUGCAUCUGCCGUAGAUAUUCCGAAGGAUACUAUCAAAUUCGCUUUACAAACCAAGCUCAAUCGUGGUUCGUUUACGUUGAAGCAAAACGUGAAAAAACCAACGGAAACCGAUCUACUAACGGUCGUAUUUGAUGCUGUAAGCGUGGAUGUAACUCAGUAUGUCGAAUCCAUGACAUUUGCUGCUGCUCUGGGCGAUCUCCAGUUAUACGAUGGAUCUACCAAAAACACAAUUUAUCAUCAGCUUAUUGGAGUCAAGAAUGGAAAAAACAGAGCUUCUUCUCUACUCGAUGUUAAAUACAACCUGAGUGAAAAGGAUCAAAGAAAGUCUAUCGCGACUAUCGAUAUGAUUGAUAUAGAUGAAUUUAAUCCUUUCUUCGCUUUUGUAUUUGAAAAAAAUCCCCUUAGUAAAAUAGCAGAUAAUGCUUUUUCAUUGAAAAUGAGACAUUUGGAAAUUAUCUACAGCCCACAAGUAAUUGCCGGUGUGAUGAAAUUCUUCAAGCCACCCAGUUCAAAAAUGGAAAGUGUAAAUGCUUUGAUGGCCGUUGCCGGUGAUACGCUUGAAGUUAUUAAAACUCAAAGCCGCGCUGGUCUUGAAUUUGCUUUGGAGACACAUACCACUUUUGACCUCAAUGUGGAUAUGGACGCGCCAAUUAUCAUUAUUCCUGAAAGUUUGACGAGUCAAGAAUCACCUGUGAUGAUUAUUGAUGCAGGUCAUAUCAACAUUGACAGCCAACUUGCAGACCCAAAAGUUGUUAAUGAAAUUAAAUCCAAGGACAUUAGAAACUUUACCCCAGAAGAUGUUGAAACACUCGGAGACCUUAUGUAUGAUAGGUUUAAUCUUUCUUUAAGUCAAACAAAAGUCUUGAUUGGCACGAAUACAGAAGAAUGUCUGUGGCAAUUGCAGGAUAAUCCUCCCCGAAAUGGUGUAGAUGCUAGAUUUAUUGAACGUAUUGACAUGAAUUUUUUGAUCGAAAUGUGUAUUCUACCCGGAAAAUCGGAAUUCACAAAAUUCAAAAUUUCUGGUCAUUUACCUCUACUUUCGAUUAAUUUAUCGGAUAGUAAAUACAAGAUUUUGAUGAAGAUUGUCGAUUUUAUUGUUCCUGUGGAUGAAGAGGAAAAGACAAAAAUAAACCAACCUACGAAAAGACCACAAAUAGUCAAUGCCAAUCAAUCAAGCACAAACAAUAUUAUUACCGAACGUAUUUGGGGUGCACCGGACGCUGAUUAUAUAUUACCUGAUUCUGCAAGUGAGAAAACGGUUGAUAGACCUACUUCUCCAACAUCCAUCAUAUCCAAAUCAGAUAUGCCCAAGUCAGAUAUACGUCAGUUCCAGCUGACCUUCAAAGUCGAUAAAGUUUCAGCGAGUCUCAAUGAAUCAACAAGUGCAUUAGAAGAAACCUUAUUAUGUGAAAUUCUUCUGGAAAAAUUCGAGCUGAAUGUCUUAACGCGACCUUUGGAUCUAAUGGUUGAGGUUUCACUCAAAGCACUUACGGUUGUUGACAAGAUGGACCAGGGAGGAGACUUUCCAAAUCUUGUUACCUCUGAAAUCAUCAAAAAAGAUCAACAAAAUGGGGAUUCAAAAGAAAAGGACUUAGUUUUUAUCCGUUACCAAAAGGUGGCUCGAGAUCAUCCUGGAUUUGAAGAUCAAUACCAAAGUUUUGACCAAAACGUCAAUGUUUUACUGUCUACCCUUACUGUUAUUGUCACCAGAAAGUCUCUUCUUCGCAUCUACAACUGGAUCAUGAAUACUUUUACCGCACCACCCACUCCUAAACUUGAAGGCAAAGAAAUCUUUGAGGGUGAUAUUUUCUAUGAUGAUGAUGAUUCUAUUGCCGCUUACAAGACUGAAUUGGAUCCUCAAGAAGACAACAAAAAUGUAGAAAGCCCCGCUAAGACAAAUGACAGUCGAAUGAAGGUUGUUAUCAAACUAGACAGCGUCAACCUAAUUUUGAACAACGAUGGUAUCCGAUUAGGAACUGGCGAGCUUAGUUAUGGCGAGCUUGAAAUAUUACUCGAACCGAAAACAAUUUUAGUUCGUGGUAAAUUUGGUAAUUUCACCUUGUCAGAUGACACUGUUAAUGGGGCCGGAAAUAAUGUUGCAUCGAUUGGAUCUGAAACCUAUUUGGUUAGUAUCUUGGGCGAUGAACUUUUCUCAUUUAAAUAUCAAACAUUUGACUCCAAAAGUCCUGAGUUCCCUGGUUACAACCAAAAUUUCGAUCUCAAAAUGGGUGCCAUUCAACUUUUCGUUACUGAAUCCGUCAAACCUACACUGAAAUUUUUAUCAGAGUUUUUGGAAAUGAAAAACGUCUAUGACGCAGCCAAAACGGCCGCUGUAGAGACCGCACAACAGUACCAGGAGGGCGGUAAUAGAUUUCAAUUCAACAUUCUUGUCAGUAGCCCUGUGUUAAUUUUCCCCGUGGGCGAAGAUAAAAACACUGAAACUCUUGUGGCGCAUUUGGGUGAAAUCAGAGCAAGUAACAAAUUUAUAACUGCAUCCCGCAGAAAUUUGAAUGAUAUACCAAAUUCUGUCGAUGUUCCUGUUGCCCAUAUUAAUUGUGGUCUUUAUGAUAUCAGUCUUCGUUCUACAAAUACUGUUUACGGUACUGACAUUGACUCUGUUGAACACCAUUUCCCAAUUAUUGAUGAUGUAAAUAUUAUAUUUGAUAUUGAAAGUCCCGAAGACCCCAAGAACUCUAUAGGUCCUAGCUCCAAGAUCGAAGGUAGUAUUUCGGACGUUCGUCUAGCACUGACGGAAAAGCAAUACAAGCUCCUUCUUAAGACUUGGGAAUUUAUUCAAAAGAAUUUCCUUGGUGCUGCUGAUACGGAUGCUCAAGACACAAAUCAAGGUCAAAAACAAAUAACUUCUGAAGAUAACGACGUUGCAACAAGUAGCUCAUCUGAAUCCAACAAAUCUGUAAAAACAAACAAUACAGAAGUCCAAAAGAAAAAGGAGGAGAAGCCUACAGUUACUCUAGAUCUUAUCAUCACAUUAAACACUGUUUAUCUUGAUAUUAUGGCAGGCGAGAGUGCAGAUAGUAGCGAUCAAAAUAAUGAGAUGCUAUCAAGACUUGCAUUUGACGGAAUAUGCUUAAAGUUACAAAACAUGUCCAACGAAUCAAUGCUUAUGGAGGUUGCAAUGCAAUCUGUUAACUUUGCUGAUACAAGAGUUCAAUCAGCAUCAAAAUUCAGAGAGAUUCUUCCGGCCAAUAAACUUGAGGGUCCUCAAUUCCAGGUCAGGCUUUCAUCCUACAAAGAUAAUUUGGUACCCACUAUGGAUGUACGCGUCACUGUGGAUAGCCCAAAAAUAGUGCUUUCUUUAGAUUAUUUGUUCUUAUUGAAAGACUUCUUUAUGAGUCCUUUCGUUGUUGUCGAACCUACAGAAGCUCAGAAAUUCGUGCAGUCUCAUAGCAACAAUAAUGAAAAUAAGCAAAACGAGUUAAAGCAAUUACAGAACCAAGGUGGAACCCCUCCUUCGGUGUUGAAAUAUAAUGUUAAUGUUGUAGAUCUCCAAGUCAUUUGUCUUGCAGCUCCUGAGAAUGAGGCUUCUGAGGCAGUUAUUCUUUCCUUCAAUCAGCUUACUGUCAUUCAAGAUGUACACUUACAAGUAAAUUUAGACGGUAUUGGUAUGGUAUUGUGUAGAAUGGAUAAUAUCGAAGAGUCGACAAUGCAUCUAGUGGAGGAGUUUAGCGUGUUACUAAGAAUGGAAACAUCGUCAUCAAAUUCCGUGCAUAAUUUAAUGGCAAUCAAGCUUGAAGUUCAGCCAAUCAUCCUUCGUUUAUCUUAUCAAGAUGCUAUGCUAAUUAUGACGGUCGUCAAUAAGGUCAUGGCACUCAUGGGUAACGAUGAUAAAAACGAAGCACCAAAACCUUCAAUGUCCGAUGAUAUGUCAGAAAUUUCAUCCCCAUCUGGAUUAAUCGUCGCUAGCCCAGACAACACCGAACAUAUGAUCACAAAUGAUUCGCUAGAAAAUACUCCUGCUGCUAAAAAAGGAAUUGAACCUUUCAUUGUCAUGUCCAAAGAAUCAUUGUAUGCUGCCUUUGAAGGAAUUCAAAUUAUUUUGAUUGAGGAUCUACACGUGUUGCCAUUUAUUGACAUCCAGAUCAACCCCUUUGCAAUUACCGCUUCCGAUUGGACUAGAGCACUUCACGCCGAUGUUGAUUUUGUUCUUCAAGCAAACAACUUUAACUUUAAAAAUUCUCACUGGGAGCCGAUAGUGGAACCUUGGAGUUUCUGUAUCAAGGUGGCUCAAGACGCAACGGAUAAAUCUACGCAGGUAUCAUUACAAUCUAAAGACCUCUUGUAUUUGAACGUCACGCAUGUCUUCCUUGAAAGUCUCUUGACCGUAUCAGCAACGCUUUCAGAAUCCAGAGAACUUGCCGAAACUGCUCAGGAUCAAGUAAAACCUUACCUCAUUCAAAAUUUUACCGGAUAUGAUCUCAAAUUCUGGAAUAUGUCUUCGGAUGUCGGUGAUAAUGAAACAAUUCAUGUAUUGGAGCAUGGACAGACAUUGCCCUGGACGUUUCGGGACUGGAAAAAGCGCAGAGAGUCUACACAUAUUGGAAAGAACCUUGUCGGUAUCAAGGUCAUGAAACAUGAUUGGGAAUCGAUUAUUCAUAUAUCACUCGAUAAAGAAGGGGAUCUUGCCUACCGAUUAAAACCUGAGGUCAAAGGGAUCAAUCACCGUUUGGUUGUUGACAUUCAUUUAGAAAAUCACGUCAAGACUGUUACAUUCAGAAGCGGUCUUCAGUUGGAAAACAACUCAGAUAGUAACUUGCAAAUUGCUAUCGUCAAAAAGGACAGGCAAAUCUUGGAUGUUGUCCAAAUGAAUUCGCGUCAAGUCUACAACGUUCCAAUCGAUUUGUGUUAUAGCCGAUGGAUUGUGGUUAGACCAUCGGAUGACUACGGAUGGAGUAAAGAAAUGUUUAUGUGGUCCGAUAUCCUGCUCCCCAAUUUCCCUAAAUGCGUUGAAUGCCCCCCUAAAGAUGUCAACCCCGAUAAUAUUAUGUCGUAUAAGGUUCAGGUACAUGCAGAGUAUGACAAGAAAAAUCCACUUGUCAAGGAGUAUCCCUUUAUGAAAAUACAAUUUUCUCCACCUGUUGAAGUUGAAAACUUGCUACCCUUUGAUUUCGAUCUCAUGUUGACCAAUGAAGUAACUAGUGAGCGCAUAUCCACUCUUGUUGAAACCGGAAAGACUGCUCAGCUACACAACAUGAAGAGUAAUUCAGCUCUCACAAUUCAAUUAGACCUGAAAUCAGACAGGUAUAAAUGCAGUGAGUCUGCAAUAAUCAGAACGACGCCAAACUAUAAUUCCAUAGGGGAGAAACUAGUAAUUACGGAUCAUAAUAAUGUACCUACUAAUCUUAGAAUGAACAUCACACGUUCUUCAAAUACUACCGACUCUUUGCAUAUCAGUGUGUACGCCCCUUAUCUUAUUCUGAACAAAUCCGGUCUACCUAUUUCCUUGAGACCCAGACACGCAUAUCGUCAAGGUCACGUUCCAAUAGAAAGUAUUCCAGCCUACAAAGAAGGAGAACAAAUUGUGCCGACGAUAUACUCCUACUCUGAUAUCGAUCAUCAUAAUCGUUCACAAAUUUCGAUCAACGACUCAAAAUGGAGUGACCCCAUCAGUUUUGAAGCUGUGGGAAAUAGCCAAGAUGUAACUUUACUCUCCAAAACAGACACUUAUGCAAGACAUGCUGGUAUUAAGGUGGAAGAAGGUUUUGGGCUUUUAAGAUUGACUAAGCUUGUUACAAUUACGCCACGUUAUAUUUUGAAAAACAAUAUGGACGUACCCUUCAAGUUUUGUGAAUUUGGUUCUACUGAUGUGACAAAUCUUGACUCAUACCAGAAAAUGCCCCUUUACCAAACUACAAAAUCAAAUGUAAGAUGGUUGUGUCUUCAACUUCAAGGAUUGGAAGGUAACUGGUCUUCACCAUUUGAUAUACAAGAAAUUGGUAAAACCUAUCUUAAGGUGGACAAAGGUGACAAAACAACCCCUUAUCUUGUCCGUGUCUCCAUUCAUAUUCAAGAUUCAACUAUUUUUAUAACCUUUAACGAAGAUGACGAUUGGCCAUACUAUAUCGUUAACAAAUCAAGCGUAGAUAUAAAUUUCAGACAGGAGCAGCUUCAAUUAGAUGAAUACGAUCUUAAAACAAGUCAGAAACGCGCGUUCAGAGAGCCUCGAUUGUUUACUUUGCAUCCAGGAGAUCGACUUCAGUAUUCUUGGGAUAUACCUGUAGCCAAAGAGAAACGGCUAGAAUUACUUGUUGGAAAUAGACAUCGUAGCAUUAACUUCCAGGCGAUUGGUGUUCAAGUUCCUUUCCGUUACUUGAAACAACGUGAUGGGCCAAUUGGUAGCAAUACCCUCUCAAUUGAUAUCAUGGCUGAUGACUCUGCUCUCGUUUUAAGAUUAACCGAUUUUGAUUUAUCCAAGAGUUUGUAUCGUCCUAAAUCAUCGGGUACUUCCACUUUGGCGUCUACGUCAAGAGAGGGAAGUUUAAGAGAUACUUUUGAAACAGUAAAUGUUCAACAUGUCACCAAUUAUAUCCUGGAAUUGAACCUAGCCGGUUUUGGUGUAUCUGUUAUUAAUAAGGAUGCCGUGGAAAUCAUGUUUGCUACUGUCAAGGGCUUCGAUUUUAAAUAUACUGACUCCAAUAUGUAUCAGUCCCUCAGACUAAGCAUUCAAUGGCUUCAAAUUGAUAAUCAACUGUGUGGCUCAACUUAUCCCAUUUUGUGCUAUCCUUCCACGCUCCCCAAGGUGUCAAGUGAGCUUUCAACACACCCAACCCUACAUAUUGCUCUUGAUAAAGUUAAAGAUGAUCGACAUGGCGUGCUAUAUUUCAAAUUGUUCUCGAUUCUCUUACAAGAAAUGACAUUUGAACUUGACGAAGACUUUCUAUAUGCUUUAUUAGACUUUGGCCAAUUCCAAAAUGACGCGAACAAACCAGAACUUCAGGAUGACAUGUUUGUUAUGCAGUUAGCAGAACCAGUUGUUGAUAAAGCAGAAGCUUUGUAUUACUUCGAAGAGUUUUGUAUUCAACCUAUGCGAUUAAAUUUAUCAUUUGUUCGAACAGACAAGAUUGAUGACAAAGAAUCGAGUGAGACUGCCAGAACUUCACCCAUGGGAUACGUAUUUAAUGUGUUCACGAUGACACUCGGAAAUAUUAAUGAUGCACCUAUCAAAUUAAAUGCAUUAAUGGUGGAGAAUCUCCGUGCCAGUUCUGAAGAUCUGACCUCGCGUAUCAUACUUCAUUACCGCGAGCAAGUUAUAUACCAAAUUCAUCGUGUCUUAGGCAGUAUUGAUAUUCUCGGUAAUCCCGUCGGAUUAUUUAAUACUCUCAGUUCCGGCUUUGGUGAGCUUUUCUAUGAGCCUUACCAAGGUUUUAUCAUGAGUGAUAGGCCUCAAGAUUUAGGUAUUGGUAUCGCUAAAGGCCUAGGCGGAUUUAUGAAAAAAGGUGUCUUUGGCAUCACGGACAGUAUGAGUCGAUUUACCGGAAGUUUAGGUAAAGGUAUCUCAGCUGCCACAAUGGAUAAAAAGUUCCAGGAUAGACGCCGUAUGAAUAUGACGCGCAACAAGCCUACGCAUGCCAUCUAUGGCGUAACCCAGGGUGUUGGAUAUUUCGGAACGAGCAUUGCUAGUGGUGUUGCCGGCCUUGUGAAACGUCCAAUUGAAGGGGCAGAAAGUGGAGGUGUUGUAGGUUUCGUUGGAGGUGUAGGGAAGGGCAUCGUAGGCGUUUUUACAAAGCCUGUGGUAGGCUUCUUCGAUAUGGCUAGCAACGUCACUGCUGGUAUUCGUGAAACAACUACUGUAUUUGAAGCAGGUCAAUUGACUCGCGAGAGAGUUCCUCGUUAUACAGGAAAAGAUGGAAUAGUCACUGUAUGUAUUAGACAAAUGAUUAAGCUGUUAGAUGGAUCUAACACUUCUUUUUUUUUUUUAGACUUAUUCGCAAAGAGAAGCACUGGGUCAAAUGUGGCUUCAGGAAAUGGAAAGUGGAAAGUAUUUCAAUGA